CAACGUCAUCACUCUGCGUUUGUAAGCAAGAUGGCGGCUUAGUCUAGUAGCACUAUAUAUCCGUGCCAAACAUAUUUGUUUUGGUCGCCACGGGAAGACUCUGUUGUAGUCCGGCACUCAAGUUGUAGUUGGCUACGUCUCUUCAUGCUCUGAUAAAAACUAGUCUACUUUUGAUAUAAAAUGAAGUCGGACGUGGAGGAGUUGAUGCCGAGGCUUCUGCCUGUUGAGUUAGGAGCCAGUGCAGAGGAUGUGGGUCUGAACGGACCACCUAGAAACCCCCAGGAGUAUCUACGACAAGUCCAGUUGGAGGCCUCCUUGUGUCCAGAUGUGGUGGUUGCACAGAUUGACCCAAAGAAACUAAAGAAAAAACAAACGGUUAAUGCAUCUGUGUCAGGAUGCCAUGCCGCCCCAGUGGGUUUCUGCCCCAGUCUUAGUUGGCAGCAGCAGCAAGUCGGCAAUUUCUCUGACGUCAGACAGAGCAUAAUGAAGAACAGGAAACACUGGAGCAGUCAAACUCUGGACGACAAUGUGCUAAUGCCAAAGCCAACAGAUGAAGAGGGGUGGAAGAGGUUCUGUUUAGGGGAGAAGGUCUAUCUUGGCAAUCUGUCAAGUGAUACAGAAUCAGAGCUUGAUUUUACCAAGGUGGGGUUCCCUCCUUUUCUAAGCAUCGUCAGCAGACUAAACCAGUCCACAGUGAUGAUUGUUUUGGAACUCCUGAUCAGUUGGUUUGAGGAGAAAGAAUUCAUUCCACAAUUGGGUUGCUGGUUAUAUGCUUUGUUGGCUUGUCUGGAGAAACCUCUGCUCCCUGAAGCCCACUCCUCUAUCAGACAGCUGGCCAGAAGAUGUGCCCAGCUUCGCAGCUCACUGCAAAGUCAAGAAGAUGAAAAACUACCUGCCCUUAACCUGCUGAUCUGUCUUGUUGCCAGAUACUUUGAGCAGAAUGAUUUGGCAGACCAGCCAUAGUGAAUGAAGUUGGAAUGAAGGAUAGUGUUUUUUUUUUUACCCAAAUGCUCACACGACAGGAUCUGGAGGCAAACAUCAUCCAGUUGUGGAACUAAUGAACCUCUACCAACCAAGUAAUGCCAAAGGAUGAAAAAAACAUCCAUGUGGAGACAUGGUGAUUUUUUGCAUACUGCAAUGAAAGUUAUGGACUUGCACAACUUACAUUUGCAAUAUUGGCUUUUAAAGGUGGACAGCAGUCAAAGCAGUAUGAGCAUUUUUUAAAUAGAUAACUUUCUGUAAAUUGUAAUGCAUCUAUUAAAGUGUGAUGAUUUGUACAAUGA